AUGCGGAUUCUUUGUCUUCACGGUCAUGGUACAAGCCCGGAUGUUAUGAAAUACCAAAUGUCUGCUUUGGCAAGGGCAGCAGACGCUAGUUGGGAGUUCCACUACUUGGGUGGUGAAGAGGCCUGCUUACCAGCACCCGAUAUUGGUGGUUAUUUCCCUGAGCCGUACUUCUGCUACUCUCGCAAUUUUGAUCAAGAAAGCGAAGAUGCAGCACAUGCUCUCUUGGAGGAGACAAUUUCUCAAAAAGGUCCUUUUGAUGGCGCUUUUGGUUUCAGCCAAGGGGCAUCUAUUCUCGUCUCCUAUCUGAUUGAGCAGAAGAUGGCGUAUCCAAACAACAUUCUUCCUUUUCAAUUUGUCAUUCUCUGCUCCGUUACAGUACCUUUGGCUUCUAGUUUGGAAUAUCACCAACUUUUGCUUGGCUCUCUCACUGCUCAAGAUGAGGCACGCAUUCGGUCCUGUCGAGACGAAGAAAUCGCCCAGCUUCCUAUUGAAACGCGUACUGUUAUAGCCUUCCUUGUAUCUGUUCUGGACGCCACUGAAACAAUCACACAUGAGUCGCGCAGCUAUUUUUUGGAUCGGCCACUGUCCAAAAUCCCAUCCAUGCUGCACCCAGACAUAUGUGAUAUUCGUCUUGAACUCCCCGUACUUCAUGUACGUGGGAAGACAGAGCUCCCUGCCAUACGGGACAGUGGUUUCCUGGUGGAGAGAUUUUUUAAGUCCGGGAAGCAACGGGUAUUUGAGCAUACAGCAGGGCAUGAUGUUCCGAGAUCAGGACCAGAGGCACGCCGGAUGUUGUCUGCUAUGGAGUGGGUAAUAGCGCAAAGUCAACUACCCACUUAUUAA